GCCUCCGGACUCCGGUCUCGCGAUCCUCACGCUGCCAACGCAUCCGUGAUGGAUGUCGCGCUCGGCCCGACAUCCUAAAGCGCUGCAGGGCGAUGAGGCACUGGAAGCAACAGUGGAGUACAUCUUCAAGGGCCUCCUGUCCAGCAGCAAACUCCAGAAGUUCCUCUCGGAGUCCAUCUCCCAGCCGCUGAAGGAGGCGCUCCAUCACUUUCUGAGCGAUAGCUUUGACGCCUCCUUCCCGGGCAUCCGCCUAGGCCGCGACCUCCUCUCGGAUGUGGCCCUCAUUGGCUUGCAGGAGGUGCUCCUGGAAGCUAUCGAGGAGGAGGUGGGCGAGGAUGCGCUGGUCAAGGCCGUCCGGAGCCUCAACUCCAAGUUCAAGGAGGACGCGCGCAUGAAGGUGCUUCUGGGGGAGAUAGAGGAUGCAGCCUUUAGCUCCAGCAGAAUCGAGGAGGAGGAAGAUGAUGAGGACGACGAGAACCGGGUUCAGUUCGACAGCUACAACUCCUUCAGCAACGAGCAAGGGAGGACGAUGGACGUGGAGGAAGUCAUCACGGAUCGAUUGGAGCCGCUGCCGCUCGGGCAGAUGGUGGUGAUGGAGGUGCAAUCUUGCUGGCAGAGCUUUUUGGAGUGCUAUGACAGGCCUGAGAAGGCUGGAGAGGCCAUCUUUGCCAACCUCCUAGAAGCCGCGCCGAGCCUUGACAAGCUCUUCCGAGGGAAUGACCUGAUUGCGGGGAAGUUCCUGCAUGGAAUCAGCCUGAUGGUGGCGAACCUGGAGAAUCCAGCGAACCUGACCAGCAUCGUGGAGAACAUCGGGUUCCAGCACCUGGAGGUGGAGGUGAACAUCCCCCGCCUGGCAGUCUUCAGAGAGGCGCUCCUGGACACCGUGGCUUUGCAGUUGGGCGCGAACUUGACAGACCUCGGCGCACAGGGCCUGCAGCGGCUCUUGAGCUACGCAGGCGGAGCUUUCAUCUACCUGAGGGAGAAUUAUGCCAAGCGGCUAAAGCUGAUUGGUAGUAGCUGGAAGAUUGCGGCAGGCACCAAGGAGGAGGAAGCGGCCAUGGAGGAGGAGGAAGAGGCGACCACCAAAGAAGCUGUGGCUCAAGACGAGUCGGAGUCUGACGACGAGUACGAAGGCCUGAGGGUCAGGCAGCAAACUGAGGAGCCCAAGUCGAGGUGCGCCAGGCUUUGUGGACGAAAAGAAGCAAAGCAAAAGAAAAAGAAGAAGCAGCAGGAGGAGGCAAGCCAGAUGACCCAGGAGAUGCAAGCGGUGCCGCGGACCUUCGAGGCCAUGUUCCGCUUCAACGCGGCCGUGAUGGGCGUGUCUCGGCACGAGUGGAUGUACCAGGUCCUGGGCUCCUUCGAUGCCAUGGUGCACAACAUCUCGCAGUCCAAUGCCUUGCAGGUGGAGUGCAACGUGGUGUCGCUGCGCAUCGCCAAGGUGCACGGGGAGGUGAAGUUCAGCACCUUCAAGGCGGUGAUGCUCUCCACGCUGCGGGCCAUGCUGCCCACGGAGUGGGGUCCCGACUACGAGACUGCCUGGAACUGGCUGUGGAGAACCAUUGAGCGGCUGCUGAGCAAGGAGCUGAAGAAGCCGAAGGCGCGGGAGCGGCUGCUGAGCCGGUUCCUAGGAUCCAUCGAAGAGCAGCUCCUGCAAAAGAUCCACGAGCAAGUCUACGACCGCUUCUUCGAGCUGGCGCCGGCGGGGCAGGACUACUUCAAGCAGUCGGCCACACGCCUGAACUACAUUGCCGACCAGGCCCUGGAGAUCGCGCUGGAGCUGUACAAGGCGCCCAUGGACACGGUGGAGCGCUUGUCAGCGCUGGGCUUACGCCAUGUGGGCUACGGGGUGCCCGUGCACCUCUUCGAAUUCUUCGUGGAAGGCUGGAGGAUCACCCUGCAAGAGCUGACAGGUGAUGAGGAGUUGACGGACGCGUUCAACUGGUCCUUUUCGCUCGUGAGCAAGCUUCUUGUGAGGACGAUUGAGCAGGGCGCGACGGUGGUGAUGAAGGCAAUCAACACCAACUGCGCCAAGCAGGUGCGGCGAGCCUUGGCCCACGCCCCCCGCAGAAAGCGGGCGAUGUGGGUGUUGGACGUGACGGUUGGCUCCCAGUCGAUCUCGCCCCUCCUGACUGCUAUUGAGAGUGGCAACAUGGAGGCGGCUCAGGCCAUGCUUGAGGAUCUGGUGACGAUCCGCGCUGACCGAUCCAGGUACUACUACGGACUGGACGAACUCUUCAAAAGGCACCCAGACAUCGUGGAGCACCUCACUACCCAUGCGCGGGAACUCCUUAUCACCCUGCUGGAUGGAAUGACCUGGAGGUCUCGCGCGGUGGAGGGCGGUGAGCGACGGGUGAACUACUACCUGAAGCAUCUGCUGGUCGAUGACAACGGCAACUUCGCUGGCGCUUUGGGCUCCAUUGUGAAGCUGGAAGACCCCGAGGUGGCCGUCCAUCCGAUGAUCGCGACUCUGUGCGACAUGCUUUGGCAAGACUUGGUCUACUGGCGCUUCCUGCAGAGCAAGAUCCGGCUGCUCUUCUUAACCCUCCUCUUCGUCAUCAGCCAGUCCGUAUUGCCCAAUCUGGACGAUCGCUCCGACGCCAACCGCAUCGGCACCUUCGUUUGCAGGUCCGUGAUUUACACCUUCUCCAUGGUGGAGCUGCUGUACACGCGGACGAAGAUUGUGUACAAGGCCAUCAAGGGCGGGCACCUGACCAACCUGGGUGGCGUGAAGCUGCCGAGGAGAUGGUUCGAGAGCUGGCAGGAAGCCGUGAGUUUGCUCUUGACGGCGGUGCUCAUCGCCAUGUUCUUCCUGGAGCCCAUCAUCAUGUGCUUGCAGAGCAGCGAUGACGGGCUUUUGAGCUCUAGCUGUGCGCAGGCAAACGACAUUAGCCAGGCCUAUGAGAUCCUCUCCAUGAUGGCACUGCUCCUGCAGUUCAUCUUGCUCAUCGACUUCACGGCGAUUUCAAUCAAGUUGUCCUCCUGGGUGCUUGCGGCCGGUCAGAUGCUCCCGGACUUUGCAUUGGUACUUCUUGCAUGUGCAUUUCUCAUACUGACCUUCAGCAGCAGCGUGGCGGCCGCCGUGGAGAAUCCAGAGGAUUUCCAGGGUCUGGGGCCUUCGCUGCUGAAUUUCUUCAAGCUCGCAGUGAACGUGUAUCCAGCGUCACGUUUCGUGUUGCUCGAGGAGAAUUCGGUGGUCCUGGCAGCGGCGAGCUGCUUCCGAGUCCUCGUUCUUCUUUUCUUGAUGAAGAUCUUGGUGGCCCAGCUUUCGUGCCAAUACCGCCGUGUGUACCAUAGCAUGGUCGGGCAUGCGCGAUUAUGCCGAAUGCGGAAAAUCUGCGAGGCCAUGGCCAGCUUGCAUCCGACCAAGUUCAGAGCCUUUGUUGAGCACCUGCGCCUGGACGAGCCCGUGCAGUUCGGCGAGGGCGACGCGGGCCUCGCCGGCGGCAUCCAGGUGCUGGAACCAGCCAACCUGCAUCCGACGCACGUGGAGCGCAUACACCGCCUGGGAGGGAAUCCAAAGCAUCCCUUUCCCAUCGAGGAAACCGACCAAACCGAGGCAGAAAGAUGCACGCGGUUGUUCGAUCUUUUCCGGAAGGCGAUCAAAGAGAGAAUCGAAUCCGAAAGCGGAAGCUCGGCCAACAGCGGCAGCAGCAAGGCGAGCCAAAGCAGCAACCCCCGGGCAGAGUCCCAGGAGGCGAGCGACUAGCGCCCGCGAGAUGCUGGCCGCGACACCGAGCUGGAUGACAAAGCAAUAAGUUCGAUGAUCUCUUUGGGGCGGCUUGAGGCCAUUUUCCACGCCGAUGAAUGCGGCACUUUUUGGAGCUGUUUUAACAGGCCGCGCCCAAACAUAGCUUUCGGCAGGCUGGCUGGCUGGUGGCGUUGGAUGCUCUUGGGGCCACCAUAGUGAACGGUCGGAACGUGCGAUGCCCA